CCGGCCCCCACCCUGCCCCCCCAGCUUCUGGUCUGCGGGGGCCUGUCUGCCUUUUCGUUCGCACCUCUCAUCCCUCUCUCCCCCCCCGCCCCCAUCUCCCGACUCCCGUGGACGCCCACGCCCGUGCUAUGAGCAUGCGGCCUUUUGGGCCUCGCUCCCGGCCGCCACCCAGCCGGCCACCUGCGAUGGCGCUGCUGCUGCUGCUGCCACUGUCGAUGCUACUGGCACUUGCGAGCCACCCCUCCGCGGUGCUGGCACAUCACCCGACGUCGCCACCCCCGACGCCCUUCAAUCCGGAGUACCAUCUGCUGCGGCGCAUUGCCCAGGCACCAAGUGCCCUGCCCCCGGGGGAUGUCUCCCGAGCGGACAUUCGCUUCUGCGACUUCUUCGAUGCCGACCGCAUGAUCCUCGGGCCGGGGGAUGGCCGAGAUGACCUGAGCUACUUUGGCUCGGUCUAUACGACCGGCUCAUCCGACAGGCCGGCCCUCUUCCUGUCCGGGUCCGAUCGGGCCGCUUGGUGCCCGGAUCGGCGCUUUGUCGGCGAUCUCGCGACGCAUCCAUUGAUCCGGCCCGAUCCGGUGAUGUCCAAUGCCUUUGGCCACACGGUGGCGGUGGCCGGCCUGCAGCCAAGCACCCUGCUGCUGGCCGAUGGCGCCGGCCGGACGGUCAGCCUCCCGUUGGACUCGCCCGUGGAGCCGGCCCUGCUGGCUGACCGCCAUGAUCCCCGGCCUGACCGGCCGGUUUUGGUGCUAUCCAUUGACCGGUCGCACGAGGGGCUCACCUUGCGCCCUCUCGGCCCGAUGACCGCCCACCCGUUGCCCGUGCGGCACUUGGCCCCGCAGCUCGGGCGGCUGGACUUCCUCCGGGCCACGGACAUGGAUGGCGAUGGCCGAGCGGAUGCCGUGCUGGUCGCCGAGGCCCCGUCCCCCGGCCCGCUUGCCGGGCAUUCUCCCACCCAGCAAAGUGUCUUUUGGCUGAGUCAAGUCGGCGCCCGAGGCCAGGUGGCCCACUUGCAGGAGCUCCUCCGCCUGCCGGCCGGCCUGCGCGUUGGCCAAUUGCUGGUCGGGGACUUCGAUGGAGACGGCCUGCCCUCGGAUCUGGCCAUCAUCUCGGGCCUCGGGUCGGGCAUCCCCCCGCGGGUGACACUUCUCCUGUCGUCCAAUCUCGCGGCUCCGGUGACCCUGCCGCUGGGCGACAUGUCGGCCAAUGACCCGGCACUUCGAGCCACACCAGCGGCACAACUCCAUCCCAAGGCCGCCACCGGCCGACUGAGCGGCCAUUCCGCCGACGACUUGGUCCUGGCAUUUGGCUCGCGGGUGUGGCUGCUUCCGGGGCCGAUCCGCCCGGACGCCCAGCCUGCCGAGCGCGGCCUCAAGCACGCCGGCGCACGCCCCCUCUUGCCAGACCACUCGUCCACGUCGGGCGUCUGGCGGUCGGUGGCCAUUGGCGACUUCGAUGCAGAUGGCCACCCGGACUUGGCCCUGGCCCAUUCGACCACCGGCGGAGACAUCUUCCUCCUGAGCCAGGUGGCUGCCACGCCCCGGUGCCUGUGUGGCCCGGCCGGCGUGUGCCAGCGCGCGCGUGGUGCCUCCUUCUACACGGCCCCCACAUGCGCCUGCGAGGACCCGAGCGCCGACCCGGACUUCCCCCUGGCCCCGUGCGAGUUUUGUCGUGUCGGACACUACCGUGCGCAAGACAAUCGCUGUCGGCCCUGUCACAGCACCUGUCGAGCAUGCUCCGCUCCCGGGGAGUAUGCAUGCACCGGAUGUGCCGAUGGUCGUUUCCUCGAGGCCGGUCGAUGCCGGAGUACCUAUCACCAGUCUCUGGUGGAUGUGUCCACUCGGCGCCCGACGUCGGUUUACUACCAGGCGGUGCCGGAGUUCCUGCACUACAUCUUCGGCGCCGAGGCGCUCGAAGUGACGCAGCCCCACACCGCUGGACCGGCCAAUUUGCCCACCAUCCAGGAGCUGGCGGAUGUGGAAACACUGCGGCUGCCGUCUGGCUCCUUGGGCAAUCACCCCGAAGGGUUGCUCCUCUUCCCGGCCGAGGGCGACCAGACAUCUGCCAGUGGGGUGGCCUUGGCCUUCGCGGUCCAUCCCCUCGGUGGGGAUCUCCUGAUGGAGAAGAUGGAGGCCCACGCCGCCUGGCAGCCGCGCUACCUUCGGCCAUUGUCCAAUCCCUCGACGGGGCCCACGGCUGUCGUGCUGCCGGAUGAUGAGCAUAUGCUUCUUUGCUCGGGGCCCCACCCCAAGGACGCGCCCCUGUGCACCGGGGUUCAUCGAGCUGGCCUGCCGACAGCCGGUCCUGGCCGGCCGCAUGCACAACACUUGCGCAUGGGCCACAUCGCCGGGGGCCACCUGGCGGUGACGCUGCUCGGCUGGCAUGGACGUCGGUGGCUUGCCCCGGCCAAGGCGCAUGUCCACUCGACCGCAUGGCUGGCACUGGACCAGGACCCGGGUGCCAAUCAGCCCGAGCGCCUGGUCAUGCUGGUCAGCACUUCCGGCAAGCCGGAUGGCAAGAAUUGCCAGCUGCUUUGGGUGCCGGCCACCAGCCAUGAGCACCAUGCCCCGGCCGGGACCACCCUCGGGCUGCCGCUCAUCGAGGGGGAUGUCCCCUGCGGGCAGCUCCAUGUGGUCGGGUCGAUCGCCGGGCCGCGUCCGGGGCUUCUGCUGGCGGUGAACCAGCCGAGCCCCGGGUCGCCGCUUUUGUGGCUCCUGCGCAAUCGCGCCCUCGGUCAGGAGCACCGGCCGCGCUUUGACCGGCCGAUCGCGGUUCUGUCUCCCAGCCACUUGGGCUACGCCAGCAACCGAGCCCCGAAGGCCUUUGCCGUGGAGGUGAAUCCCCGCCCUGCGCCGGCCGAGGUCCAGCGGCUGUUCCUGUGGGAUGGUCAAUGGGCCUUCGUGGCGGAUUUGCGCCAGACCGACAGCAGCGACCGUCUGGCUGUCAACCUGGAGCCCUUUGUUCCGCGCCACCAGGAUGGCCGGGUCUUCGCGGCGCUGGCCGACAAUCCCACGGCCACCCGGGUGCGGGCCUUUGCAGCGGAAGGCCCGGACGCCCCGCCCACUGUGGCCCUCUACAACUCGGUGUCCGGUGCGCUGGCGGUCUUUCGCCUGGCUUCCCCCGAAAAUGGCUGUGGAUGCGGCAUGGUCGGGCAGUGUGACCUGCCGGCCAAAUGGCGUCUUCAGCUUGAACGGGGCGAUUCGCUGGCCGAUGCCCUGCACGGCGGCGGCGGCGGCGGCGGCGGCUCGGGGAACCCUGCUGCCCCGACCAACCUCCAGGUUUCGGACUUGUGUCGGUGCUCGUCCGGCCUUGCCAGCUUGGGGUCGGACGUGGCCCCCCUUUGCACGUGGUGCCUAUCGCGCGAUGAAGAUGGUGUCUGCACAACUUGCCACUUCGAGCAAUGUCGGCUGUGCAUUCCGGAACGCUGCCUCGAGUGCGAGCCCGGGUUCGUGCUGACCACGGAUGGCCAGUGCCGGACAACUUGCUCGGACACCGACGACCAGCCGUCCGAAGGGGGCCGCUGUGUUGAGGCCUUGCCUGGUGAGGUGUUCGAGCUGCUGGAUGACUUCCCGCUGCAUGAUUCGUGGGCUCAGCAGCAAAUCGCUGGGCUGCACUUUACUCGUCCGGUUCGCCUGGGCGCCGACGCCGGGGCUCUGCAGCCGGUGGCCGCGGCGUCUCCGCAUCUGCUGGUCAUGUCACGCAGUGGGUCGGCCCUUCGGGCCGAUGCCAUCUUCGUGCCAGUUGGCCACCUUCGCGUGGAUGGUCUGCCGGCCCAAACGCGUGUCAUCAGCGUUCCGGAUGUUGUGCAGCAUCUUACCGCGGAGAAUGGCUGCCCUCCGAGCACCGGCGAUGAGGAAGACAGUGAGGCCCAGGACAGCGACGCCCGCAGUGACCAGAGCGACGAGCACAAUGAUCAAAGCAGCGGCGAUGACGGCCAGAGCAGUGGCGAUCAGAGUGACAGCGGCCAUGAGACUGACGGCGGUGGUGACAGCGAUUGCGGCGAUGAUACCGAUGACGACGACGACACCGACGACGACACUGACGACGACACCGACGACGACACUGACGACGACACCGACGACGACACCGACGACGACACCGACGACGACACCGAUGAUGAUGAUGAUGAUGAUGAUGAUGAUGAUGAUGACGACCAGGGCGAGGACGACCAGGGCGGCAAACCCAAGCCGGGCAAGCCACGCAAGCCAAAGCAUGGAAAUGGCGACGAUGAUGAUGAUGAUCAGGGUGAGGACAAUUUCGCCGCCCUCGCCACCGCCAUGAACUCGGGGGACCUGGUGCCGGCACAUGCUCUUAUUGGCACCCCUCGGGCAUUUGUCCCCCGGCCUUGGCUGACGCGUCUUCAGGAGAAACGCGCGGCCAGUCGAACGGCAGAUCUUGACGCCCCGGCCGCCCCGACCGACGAGCAUGGCGACGACAUGAUGCAUAUCCUCCUGCCAUCGAAUGGGCCCCGGUCGGCGGUGGAGAACUUCGUCUUUGGCGAUACGGCCACUUUCGGGGACAUCAUCCUCCAGCUGUCGAGCGACUUGAGGGUUGAUUUGUGCCCCGGCGACACGCGGGUGCUCGCCUUCCGACAGGGGCAAGCCCUUCCGGUCACGCCGCAGGUGGUGCUGAAGUCCCUCCUGCCCAGUGCGGCGCGUCGGCCGGGUCCCGCGCCCUAUGGCCCGACCCGGCGACACAUGCUGACCCUGCCCCUGCCAGAGCCACUGAGCGAGUACCUCUUCCCGCUGCUCCACCCGACCACCGAGCGCCAUCCCUUCGUGUUCUUGCUCGCGCGGCUUGGUCUGUACGGCGUCCGGUCCCUGGUGACGGUGGCUCCGGCGGAAAUCCUGGGCCUGGAGCCGCCGCAGGCGAAUCCCACCAAUUUCGUGUACAUCGAGCAGCCGCUGCAGUAUGAAAUGCCGCUGCAUUGGGAGUCGGGCUGGCUUCCGGGGCUGGCCACGCCGGACCUCUUCGUGGCGCUGGCCGUGUCGGACUUGACGACCUUCAUGCCGGAAUUGGCAUCUGACCCUGCGGCGGCCCAUGCCCAGUCGGAGGACUCCGGCUCGCGGCCAAGCUCCAACACGCCGGCCGGUGUGCUGCUCUAUUCGGCCAGCACGGGCACAUGCGUGAUCCCCCUGCCGUCGGCGCCCGAGAGCCUGGUCCAGCCGGUUGUCUAUCGGCCGACCCUGGGGGAUCGGCCCUGGCUGGCAUUGGCCUGGUCGGACGACCGGCCCAACAGCAUCACAUUGCAUCCGAUGGAGUGUCUGCUCGAGCGUGCAUGCUGGCAUCCCGGCAUGGAUCAGCCCUGGCUUGAUACGCCGCCCGGGUCGGGCCUCGUGGCAGGCCGUCCGGACUUCGGCGGCUGCCCGGUGUUGGUCCUGGAGCCGGCUCGGCUCUACUACGCCCCGAGGUUCUGGACCAUGGACCUGAAUGGUGAUGGUCGGAGGGAUUUGGUCGUCAUGUGCUCCAAGGCGGGCCAUGUGACGGGCUACGUGCACCGGAGUCCGGUCGAGAAGUCCUUCCGGCGGGUGCCCAUGCGGCCGCAGCGGCCCUUCCUCGGCGGGCCGAUCGAUUUCCACUUGAUGGAUUUGGAUGGCGACGGCCAGGUGGAACUGCUGGAGGUCGAUCGUCAGAUGGCCCCAUUGCUGGUGGAAGUGCGUGUGUUUGGUCGGCCCGGCCCGGGGCCCGUCGCCUGUGCCGGGCACCUGCGCCAUGUGGAUCCCCGGCGUCCGGAUGCCUGUGAGUGCAUCCAGCAUGCCAUGCCCGUGCAUCCGGGGGCCGAUGAUUGUGCCUGCCCGGUGGGCAUGGCCCCGGAGCUUGGGCGCUGUGUCUGCCAGCCGGGCUACCUGCCGGUGGCUGACGAGUCGACCGGCAUGCCGGUGUCGCCGGCUCGGUGUGCGGCCUGUCCCGGGGCCGGCUGCGCUGCCUGCUCGGCCACGCGGCCUGGUCUGUGCGCUGCCUGCUCCGGGGGGGCUGUCCUCCAGUCGGGCGCCUGUGUGGCCCAGUGCCUGGAGGGCUUUGCCCUGGCAAAUGAUGGCCGCCAAUGUGUCCCUUGUCUCGCGGCCACGACCGAGGCCGGGAAAUGCCCCAGCUGUGUGGGGAAUCGCUUCCUUCCGGCCGGGGUGCCUGGCCAGUGCCACGAUUGCCAUGCCGCGUGCGCCGGCUGCAUGGGCCCCUCGGCGUCGGAGUGCAUCCAAUGCAUGGGCGGCUGGCUGCGAAGCCCCUCUGGCGAGUGUGUGCGCACAUGUCCCGAAGGCAUGGGCCCGGCAUUUGUCGGGUCCGCCGAUUGCCGGCCAUGUGCCGAUGCCGGCUGCAUGGCUUGCGAAACGGCCCAGCCGGAUGCCGUGUGCCGGGCCUGUCGAGCCGGCCUCCAGGCCGACCUUUCCGGCGUGCAGUGCAUCCGGUGUGACAGCUCGUGUGCCACCUGCACCGGGCCCCUGGCCACCGAGUGUCUUACAUGCACCGGGAAGCUGCUGCUGCAUGGGACUACCUGCGUGUCGACCUGCCCGAGUGGGACAUUCCGUCCGAGCGGUGCUCCCGGGUGUGUUCCCUGCUCGGCUGCCUGUGCCACCUGCUCCGGCUCCCCGACCAAGUGUCAAAGUUGCCUGCCGGGCUGGCGCCUGUCCAAGGGCAAUGUCUGCACCCCGCCGGCAUGUCCCACAUGCACCUCUUGCGACUCGUCCUGUCAGGCAUGCCAUCCCGCCGAUGAUGGGGCUUGCUUGGCCUGCCGGCCGGGUAAGCUCCUGUCUUUGGAUGCCACGUGUGUCGAUGUCUGCCCGGCCGGGACAUACCCCGCGCCGGGCGGGGACGCGUGCCUGCCCUGCCAUGGGUCGUGUGCCACAUGCACAUCGCACUUGGCGGGGGCCUGUCUGUCCUGCCCGGCGGACCAUGUCCUUGAGGGCGGCCGCUGCCUGCCCUCCUGCCCCUGCCUGGGCUUCUUCGAAGUGGCCAUGACCCUGUCGGAAGGGGGCCGCGAGUGCCAGGCAUGUGCUGCCUCCUGCUUGACAUGCACCGGCCCGGGGGAGGACGAGUGUGACGUGUGCCCGGCCGGUGCCUACCUGCAUGCUGGCCGGUGCCUGCCCUCCUGCCCGGGCGACAUGACGCCGGUGGCUGGCAAGUGCACUGCCUGCCAUGAAGGCUGUGCCUCCUGCUCGGGGCCGGCAGCCGACCAGUGCACUGCGUGCCGUCCGCCGACGCCCCACCCCUGGAAGGGUGGCUGUGUGUCGGAAUGCCCGGCCGGGACCUUUGCCCAGGCGGAGGCCUCUCCAUGCGAGGCCUGCGCGGCUGGGUGUGUGUCCUGUACUGGGCCCGAGCCGGGGCAGUGUGCCACAUGCAUCACGGGGAUGGCCCUCCAUCCGACCCAUGGAUGUGUCUCCGAGUGUGGCUAUGGCUUCUUCAUGGAGGCAGGCAUCUGUCGCCCCUGUGGCCCGGCUUGCCAGACGUGCCACGGCCAUGCCGACCACUGUACCUCCUGUGCGGGGCCCCUGCUGAUGGCUCGGUCUCGAGCCACUUGCGUGGAGGAGUGCGACUUGGGGGAGUUUGUCGAUGCGCUUGGCCCCACCGGGCCCACUUGCACCGGCUGCCAUGCAACCUGCCAUUCGUGCGACAAGUCGGCCGAGGCCGACAAGUGCCUUGCCUGCCGCCAGGGGCUGAGUCUCCUGAGCGGGGUGGGCUGCGUGGCGCUAUGUCCGCCGGGCUUCGCGGUGGAGCAUGGCGCCACGCCGGCCAUCGGGGCCCGGUGUGAAGCAUGUGCCGGCCAGUGUGCCAGCUGUCUGUCCCCGGCGCCGGCGGAUUGCCUCCGGUGCCAUGAUGGUCGAUUGCUGCUGGCUGGCGAGGGCAUUUGCCUGCCGGCCGGCGAGACAUCCUGCCCGGCCAGGUGGCACACCGAUCGCCUGGCCAAUGUGUGCCGGCCGUGCGGCGACGGAUGUGCCGCCUGCCCGGGCCACCAUGAGGACUGUGGUCAGUGCGAUGAGGGUCUGCUUCCGGUGCGACUUGCCGGCGAGCACGGACCGCGCAGCUGUGUGGCCGCCUGCCCGGAUGGCUGGUACGAGGGGGAUGGCGCCUGCUGGGCGUGUCAUGAAUUGUGCGACACGUGUGAUGGGCCCGGCGCGGGGGGAUGCGGUCUGGUUGAAGCUGGCAGUGGAGUUGUCGGAGGAUCCGCCAUGCUCAUGAUUUUGGUCAUUUGCCUGCCGGUGGUGCUGCUGGUCAACUUGGCCUUGGUUUUGAUCUACAUCCUGUGGGCGCGAGCCCGGGAGGCGAAGGCAAGCGAAGAGAUCGCCCUGGCAGCGGCAAAAGAAUCUGCCGCCUCCGGCACCACUGCGGAUGCUGCCAAUCAGGCCUCCGAUGCUGAGGACGCCAGCCCGGAAGAUGCCGCAGCCACCGAUGGUACCCCUGACCAUCCAGCGCCAUCGAGUGCUGCGUCUCCCGAUGUUGCGUCUCCCGAUGUUGCGUCUCCCGAUGCUGCGUCUCCCGAUGCUGCGUCUCCCGAUGCUGCGUCUCCCGACGCGGUGUCUCCCGACGCGGUGCCUCCCGACGCGGUGUCUCCCGACGAUGUGUCAGCUGCAGUGCCCGAGACACCCUCCACUUCCGAGCCUCCUGCCCCUGAGCCUCCCGCCCCCGAGCCUCCCGCCCCUGAGCCUCCCGCCCCCGAGCCUCCUGUCGCCGCGUUGUCUCCCUCUUCUUCCAUGUCACAGGAAAUCCCGCCUGGCAUGGAUCCUGCGGACAUCCCGCUGGAUGAUUUGUGAAUCCGACGCGUGCGCGCCUCGAGAGCGGCCUUCACAUAAAGAGCAUUUGCCUCCUCCUCCCCUCUUUCCCCUCUUUCCCCUCUUUCCCCUCUUUCCCCUCUCCCCCUUAGCUGGGCACUCCAAUACAAUCAGCAAUGAAUGCGCCGACUUUGGUGUGCCAGGGUGGCCAUCGAUUGCUCUUUCUUGC